AUUGUGGGUGGAGACCAAGACGCCAGUCUUGGUUCUCACCAGGUUAAUAUAUGAAGAUUAAUUCCUCUUUGGUUUUUCCCUGACUUGGCAUUUCUAUGAUUCGGCACAGGAGUUAAUCACUCAAUCACUUUUUAUUUGUGCAGCACAGAAGCAAUCUCAGCCCUUUAGGACAGCACAGAUCGCUGCACCAGACAUGUGGCAAAGAACUGCUCUCAACAAAAUAUGGCUGAUUUCCCUGGUUCUCUGCUCUAUUGUUGUUUUCAUCACACAGGGGCAACAGCAGCCUUCAAUGCCAGUAGUGGAUACUGAAUAUGGAAAAGUCCAAGGCAAACAAGUGAGACUGCAAGGAUUUGACAUACCUGUCAAUCUUUUUCUGGGUGUCCCUUUUGCCAAACCUCCUCUUGGACCCUUGAGAUUCACCCCACCACAGCCUCCUGAGCCUUGGGAGUAUGUGAAGAACACCACUACAUACCCACCCCUGUGCCCCCAGGAUAUAGUUGUGUCACAGACACUCUCUAGCCUUUUCUCCAUACGGAACGAAAACUUUUCAAUGACAUCUUCUGAAGAUUGUUUGUACCUAAAUAUUUAUACUCCAUCUGACCUGACAAUGAAGACCAAGUUACCGGUGAUGGUAUGGAUCCAUGGAGGGGGUUUGUACAUGGGUGAGGCUUCAACCUAUGAUGGACUGGCCCUCUCAGCCCUUGAAAAUGUGGUAGUGGUAUGCAUCCAAUACCGCUUGGGAAUCCUUGGGUUCUUUAGCACUGGAGAUGAACAUGCUCGAGGGAACUGGGGUUAUUUAGACCAAGUGGCGGCACUCCGCUGGGUCCAGAAGAACAUUGGGAACUUUGGAGGAGACCCAACCUUGGUGACCAUCUUUGGAGAGUCAGCAGGAGGUUUUAGUGUUUCAGCACUGAUGCUGUCUCCUUUGACUGAGAAUCUCUUCCACCGGGCCAUUUCCCAGAGUGGGGUUCUCUUUAUGGAAUCUCUUUUUAGUUCCAACAUCAAACCAGCUGCUGAAAAAAUAGCCACUUUUGCUGGAUGUAAAACAACGACAUCAGCCAUCAUGGUUCACUGUAUGCGGCAGAAGACAGAGGAAGAGAUCGUAAAUAUAACUCAGAAGUUGGAUUUAUUCCACCUGGAUUUCCUAGGAGACCCCACAGAGAAAUUUGUGUUCCUACCUGCAGUUGUGGAUGGAGUAUUUUUCCCCCGAAGUCCCAACGAGCUCUUGGUUGAAAAGCAGUUCAAGCACAUUCCCUAUAUCAUGGGUAUCACCAACCAUGAAUUUGGUUGGUUUCUUCCAAAUAUUCUGGGAUAUCCUAUCCCAGAAGAUGGACUGGACCAAGAAAUGGCUACGGAAUUCUUAUGGCGUUCUUACCCACUUCUUAAAAUCCCCGAAGACCUUACUCCAAUAAUAACUGAAGAGUAUCUUGGAGGGACAGAUGAUCCUGUCAAAAAGAAAGACAUAUUUCUGGAAAUGCUAGGAGAAUUGAUAUUUUCGAUCCCAACUGUGACUUUGGGUCGACUUCACAGGGAUUCAGGGGCACCCACUUACUUGUAUGAAUUUCAGCAUCGAUCAAGUGUUUGGGGAAACUUGAAACCAGCAACAGUCAAGUCAGACCAUGGGGAUGACAUCUUUUCUGUCUUUGGAUCUCCAUUUUUAAGAGAUGGUUCCCCAGAAGAGGAAAAGCAACUUAGCAGGAUGGUGAUGAAAUAUUGGGCCAACUUUGCUCGGAAUGGAAACCCCAAUGGUGAAGGGCUACUAAAAUGGCCUAGAUAUGAUCAUAAAGAAGAGUACCUCCACAUUAACAUCACCCCCAAAGCAGCCAAGAAACAGAAAGAAAAGGAUAUGGCAUUUUUGACUGAACUCUUGGCAAAGAAAUCAGCUGAAGUGAAGAUAGAGCAUACUGAAUUAUGAGCUGGAUGGAUUUGUUAGCUCUCCUUCAUAAGAAGCCUCAGUGGAACUGGAUGAGAAGACAUCUUUCUCUUUUGCAUUGGUAUACAGGACUCUGAUCAUGAAAGAUCUUCUCAAUAUAGAGAUGAAUGGGGCAGUUCAGAAUCAUGAAAUGAUGCCGACAAUUGCAAAUUAGCACAUUUGGACUGGGGGUGAAGAUCUCUGAUUCUUUUACUUUAGUGGCCAAGAGGAUUCUAUAGGAUUUCCUUCUUUUCAUAGUGCUUCAAAGAAUCAGUUGGUUUUUGUGUAUGGGGUUGACUUGGGUCAUAUUAAAUAUUAUCUACUUUAAAAAAAUAUACUUGUAUCACCUAUUUCAGUUUUAGUCUUAGUUAUGGGAAUAAAUAUACUCAUCUUUGAAAUAACACACUCUUAGCCCUCACAUCUGAAUCACAUUGAUGUAAUUGUACAGCUUUCUUCUACAACAUUUAGAGGUUUGGGGUUUGGAGUGUACUCUACAGAUUGAAAUUUUCCAAGUUGUAUCUAAGAAGCUUUAUUUUUUCAUAUCUUUUUGCUAAUCAACACGGGCAGUCACAACAGAAAUACCAAGGAUCUCUUACA